AUGGAGAGAUCUGAUUCGGCAUACACACAUCCAAAGAAGCCCAAAUCAGAAUCCUCGACCUACGAGCCUCUACCUGACCAUCCCACUGGAUUCCGAAACUUGGAUCUGAUCGAUGUGCUGGACGACUCAGUACAGCUGAUCUGCACUCCAACAUCUCGCAACUUCAUUGUGGACUUCGGCGAUGAUGAAGCAUGGGUAUCCUUUGAUCAGCCGGCCGAGACGAUUCAUGCUUUGCUGGAAACAUCGCGUCCAUCAACUCUCCACACACGCUGGAUCAACAUCUGGUACCCUUUCUUGCAACGACCUCUUCUUGAGCUACUUGCUCAGCAGUACGACUUCUCGCCAAGACUAUUGGCACUCAUGAGCUCCGAUCCCAGACGAAUGAGACAGUAUCCUUCUCAGCCUGUUCCUAUCGAGAGGAAGAACGAAGAAGUGCUGAGACGCUCAUUUGAGGACAUCGAAAAGGGCUUGUCUUCGCCACCGCCUCCUGCCACGGACACCUGCUCUCUCAGCAGUUGCAACCCUGCACGUACUGGAAACUUGUACGAUAUCGUUGACGGCGUUUGGCACUACACCUCUCUGGAUCAAGGACGCAGUUACCUUUGUCUGGGCUUCAACAGCUUGUAUAAUGUACAUGCUGUCGAAACUGGAUGUGGUGUGUCGGAAGAAAGUACUGGGACCAAGGAUGCGCCUUUGCCUCACAUCAAGCGAGUCUGGACAUGGCUCCUGAUCUGCGCAGACAAGACCGUCAUCAGCAUCAACGAAGACCUUUACCCCUACAGCGAGGGCCGAUUGUCGCAUCCUCAGCACCUGAUCAUGAUGGAGACCCGUCGCAAUCUCAUCAACGUCUUUCGUUCGUUGUCUAAGGUCGAAGACAACAGAGAGGCAAACCCACUUGUUCUCUUGCCCAUCAGGAGAAGGCUCGGUGACACAAAAGAAGAGACGGCACAUCGCGACAAGGAUGCACCUGGUCUGUUGUUCUACUACCUGUUCGAGAAUUGGUUUAAUAGCUAUUCUUUGAUCACGCGUAGAGAAAGCAGAUACGGUAUCGAGUUGGAGAGACUUCAAAAAGAGAUGUUCUCAGCACCGAAACUGCACCACAUCGACCUCCUGCAUGGCAUCGGCAACGAGCUUGGGGCACUCAAAAGACACUACAAGAGUUACAUCAGACUGGUCGAUCGAGUGACUGAGCCACAGUCAAGCACGCUGGCAUCAAGGACAGGAUCUCGUGUUCCCAGCAAAGCGAGCCAGGAGACAUUCGACAAGCUCGCCGUGCAAGGACCACAGUCACUGAUGGGUGUCGGAUUGACCAGUGCAGCUAUCGUUCGCUUCGAGAGACUCCGAGAUAUGAUCUCACUGUAUGCUCUGGCGGAAUGCAAGGACUACUUGCAUCAGAAAGAUGGCUUGGUGCAGAUGAACUUCCAGCUUGUGGCCAUGUCACAGUCUGAAGGAGUGGAUCGCCUUACGAGGGUGGCGCUGCUCAUCAGCAAAGCGACCAUCUUGUUCCUUCCACUGACAUUCAUGACCGAAUACGUGUCGGCUGAUCUUGGGGUGACUUACUCUGUCAAGACGUACUGGAUCGCAUUCGCUAUUGUCCUAAGCUUGAGUUGGUUGCUCUUGAUGGGCUUUGGCGUGCUGAGUGGCACGAUGGAGACGUGGAGUCUCUUCCCACCAUUGAAGAGAACCUUCAGCAAGAUCAAGAACUGGAAGAGCAAGAGUGAUUGA